AUGGGCUCUAUCCAGGAGAGCGGAUUACUCCGCUACCAAUCCCAAGACAAUACGUCUCCAGCUCUUCCAGACCUAGAUUCUUACAAGCCUUCUGGCUUUAAGAUCGAAAGUCGAGCGCUUGAUGACUCCCCGACGCCAAGGGUUUCGGUUAUUGGAGCUGGUCUCAGUGGCAUCAAUGCGGCAAUCCUAUUGCCGGUGAAAGUUCCGGGCAUAGAUCUGACCAUCUUCGAGAAGAACGCUGAUGUGGGUGGAACAUGGCUAGAAAACACUUAUCCAGGUGUCAGAUGUGACAUUCCAGCCAAUGUUUACCAAUCAACAUAUACGCCAAACCGAAAAUGGAGCCAAGAGUACGCUGAAGGCGAAGAGAUCCGAGAAUACUGGCAAGCAACCGCGCGAAAAUACAACGUUUACAAGUACCUAAAGCUUCGCCACAAGGUCCAUCAGGCGGAAUGGGACAGCACAGACUCUCAGUGGAAGCUCCUUGUCGAAGAUCUGGAGUCAGGAACUACUCGAGAAGAGAGAUUUGAUUUCUUGAUCGCCGCCAUCGGGAUUUUCAAUGCUUGGAAGCUUCCCGACUAUCCGGGGCGCGACGAAUACGAAGGCCAUAUUCGUCACACUUCCAACUGGGACAGUACGUUGGACGCUUCAGGUAAAACCAUUGCCGUCAUCGGCAACGGCGCAAGCGGUAUACAAGUGCUCCCGCAACUCCAGAAGGUCGCCAGACGUAUCGACCACUAUGCAAGAAACCCAACCUGGGUCCUUGGCUCUUUUGGCAUCGAGGAGCGCUCGAACGACCCUGUCUACUUCACCGAGGAACAGCUGAAAUCCUUCGAAGACGACGCAACCUAUUACAAGUUCCGCACAGAACUAGAAAGCGGCUUUUACAGAAGCUUCUUCCGUGUGUUUGGGAAUACCAAUGCGCACCAGAAAGCUAAAAAGGACAUCACGGAACGGAUGGCCAAGUUGUUAGAGAGCCGUCCCGAGCUGCUCAAGAAGGUAACACCUGACUUCCCACCCUUCUGCCGUCGACCAACUCCUGGCCCGGGAUACCUGGAGGCACUCACCCAGGACAACGUUGAGUACAUCUCAACUCCCAUCCAGAGAUUCACCAAGACCGGCAUCGUGACCACUGACGGGGUGUCGCGCGAUGUCGACGCCAUCAUUUGCGCGACAGGGGCCAACACGGAUUUCGCACCUGCGUUCCCCAUCAUCGCGAACGGAAUCGAUCUCAACAAAGCCUGGAAGCCCAGCGGCUCAUACAAGUCCCCGUCCAGCUACUUUGGCCUCGCGGCGCCUUACUUUCCCAACUUGUUCUUCACCCUGGGGCCAAACAGUUUCGGCCUCUCUGGCACGCUGAACCACAGCGUCGAGACAGCCGUCACUUACAUAGCAAAGGUGCUGCGCAAGAUGACGUCUCAAGGAAUCAAGACGAUUGUGCCCUCCAAGGCCGCGACUGAUGAUUUCAUGGAGUAUGUUGAUUCUUUCUUCGCGACCACGGUCCUCUCCGAGAACUGCAAGUCGUGGUACAUUGGCGGCAUCCCCGGGCAGCGAAUCCACGGGCCAUGGCCCGGCAGUUCCCAUCACGUCACCCAAGUUCGACUCGAUCCGAGAUGGGAGGACUACGAAUACACGUACAAGUCUCGGCAGAGAAACAGGUACGCCUACUUCGGCGGUGGUUUUACCAAAAACGACUUGGACAAGGAAUCGGAUAUGACGCCUUAUCUUAGGCAGAAUCCUGACGAUAUUGAUCUUCGGGAAUACCACGAGAAGUGGUACGAAUAUGCUUAUAAGCCUCGCGAAGCCGUGGUGGAGCAAUCGAGUGAGAAGAUGAAAUUGAAGAUAUAA